AUGGGUUUUUCUCAAUCCAAAGCUAAUUAUUCUUUGUUCACUAAGAAGGAAGGAGGUUCUUUUGUUGCCUUGUUUUUGUAUGUUGGUGAUAUCCUCUUAGCUAGUAGUGAUUUAGCUGUUCUUGAGAACAUUAAAAGAUCAAUAGCUGCUGAGUUUAAGUUGAAGGAUUUGGGGCCUGCGAAAUUCUUUCUUGGAAUGGAGAUAGCUCGAUCGAAAAAAGGUACAUCUUUAUCUCAAAGAAAAUAUUGUUUGGAACUAAUUUCAAAUGCUGGAUUAAUCGCUGCUAAACCAGUUUCAUUCCCUAUGGAUCCUCAUACAAAAUUAUCUAAAGAUGCUAGUGAACUGGUGGAUGAUGUUUCAGCUUAUAGAAGACUUAUUGGAAGAUUAUUGUAUUUGACUCAUACCAGACCUGACAUUACCUUUGAUGUACAUCAUCUUAGUCAAUUUUUAGAUAUCCCUAGAAUGCCUCAUUUACAAGCUGCUAUAAGAAUUUUACGAUAUCUCAAAUAUGCUCCUCGACAAGGCUUAUUUUUUCCAUCUUCAUCUAAGGUUCAUCGCAAAGCUUUUUCAGAUUCAGAUUGGGCCAACUACCUAGAUACUCGUAGAUCCAUAAGUGGCUAUUGCAUUUUCAUUGGGGAUUCUCUUGUAUCAUGGAAAUCUAAGAAGCAACACAACAUAUCACGGUCGUCAGCAGAAGUUGAAUAUCGAUCCAUGGCUUUCAUUGUCUAA